AAUGUUUUCCAUAUGUCAAAUAUUUUUUAGUGCUAAAUGCAAUCUGCAUUUUAUUAUGAAGUUUUAUUUCAAUUAUAUUUUUAUCUAAAUUUGUUUGUGUAUAAUCUAAGCAAAUGCAUCUUGUGUUGCAAGUUUAGAACAUAUAAUUGCUGUGAACUGAAUAUGAACUCUUCCAGUGUUGUUUGUUACUUUACGAAUAAAUCUCAAAACUUUCAUUUCAUUUUCAAAUUAAAGAGCUAAACAUAAUACAAAACCAUGUGAUUUAUUCUGGAUUAAUGGUAUUUGAUGAAUUUAGUUAUAACAUUAAUAAAGGCUGACCAUUGAAACAUAAUUGUAAAGAUAAAAUGUUUUGACAGGCUUCAUUGAUAGCAUUUUUAUUGAAAAGUAUUCGAAAUGAUGAUUCCAAAAAUUAAUUGGUAGUCUUCGACUGGAAAAGUUCUAUCAGUAUGGCGGAAGAUUCGACGAGUAAUCGAGUAUACGUGAAUUUACCGCCGUUCAAAAUGGUGUCAAACUUAGAGACGAAACAGCUAAUUGGAUCAACCGAUCGCACAUUUAACAAAUCAUCGGAACUGGAUGAUGUUGAAGAAAUGCUAACGAUAUGUGCAGAGUAUGAACAGAAUAACUCAGAAAACUGUACGAAGCUAGUUUCGUCGAUUCAUAUGGCACAGAAUCGAAUUAAGACAAACGGAUCUUUACCUCGUGAGAAAUCUCUCAAUGUAAAACAUCAGCGCAGCACAGAUGUUUCUUCCACUCCCAGAACGGCAAGUUCACUCACAUUUGUGGUGAAUAACAACAUAGGACUGUCGCAAGAAAGUAUAACUAAAGAAAAAAUAAUGGAAUCGCCCUCACAAAACUCCUAUAUACAGAAUAAUGAAAAUAUUCUGAAACAAGUGCCACAAAGUCCACGGACAAAGAUAAGAACAUGCGUAAAUGCAAACAAAACUUAUGAACUAAACGAAUAUGAUAGUUUAAUUAAUGAUUUUGAGAAGAAAAUUAAAGAAGAAAUCAAAAUUCGUAUGAACAGUGAGAAUACGAUAGAUUCGGAAACGAAGAAUGAUUGUUUGAUGGAUAACAAUAAUUAUAUCUUGAAUGAUUUAAACAUUCGGCGAAAUCGGACCCUUGAAGACAUCAGAAUUCUUAAGAGGAUGAUAGCUGAAUUGCAGUGCGAAGAAGAUGAAAUUUUUCGAGAUCUAGAUCUAGAGGAGGCACUUUUGUCAGCAGAACUGACAACAGAAAAUAUUGCAAUUAAUCAGUUGGAACAAGAUUUGAUGAAAGUUCAAAGUCAAAUUCAUCGGCUCGAAGCGCAACGAAAUGCCAGCAGAGUGAUGCAAGAAACUCAACAAGCAAAACUAAAACAAACUAUAAGCAUCAAACAAAAUCAGACUGAAAGUUUAAAACAAAUGAUCAUAGAAGACCAAGCUAUCCAAAAUGAAUUGGAUAGAGUAUCAGAAUCACUAGAAAACGACAGGAAACUGUUCGAGGAUUUGGAAUUUCAGUAUCUAGAAGAAGAAAGCGAAUGGAUUUCGAAAAGAGAAGAACUGUUGAUGCGACUGAAGUUUCUCAAGAGAAGAAUUUUCAGAAUGAGGUCUCACACUAAUGGAUUAGAACAGCAGACUUAUUUCUAUCAGCAAAUGGUAUGCGAUGAUACGAAAGAUUUAGAACAAUAUUUGCUAGUGAUGAUACAAGAACUGGAGCAGAAGCGGGAAACCCUCAGGGAACUCGAGAAAAAAAUGAUGUGCCUUCGCAAUUGCUUUCAAGAUUUCGAGAAAACUGAGGACGCACAGUCAAAAAAAUACAGUCUACUAUCUCAGUCACUACCUGCAUGGGACAGCUCAUUCUUGGAGUUUGUGAGCAAUAACGAUCCAAGUGAACACGAUAUCUCGAAUAAUACAGAUGGCCAAAAUAACCAAGAAAUCAACGAUGCUCUGGAGUCUUUUACUAGAGCUAGCAACGGCGAUAAUCUUCCUAGAAUUGCUCAUGAGGAGGACCAUUCGGAGAAACAGAGAAGUCUUCAGGCAGCUGUUAGCACCUUCAACGGUUCAACACAUAGAGAAACACGAUGGUCUAGCCCUGAUAUACUGAAUGGAGGAGGCAGUAUUGCGGAAAAAGUUACCAACGCUCGAAUUCGUCAAUCUAGGAUUCCAACAUAUAAAUCUAGUAACGACAUCUCACGGUCGAAGCGAGCCCAUAUUUCAGAAAAUUUCGGUGAUCAUAGAAAAUGUAGCUCGAGUGAAUUGGAAUCUUUGACGCAAAAACCACCGAAUGUUGACAAGAUGUUCCAUAAACAUCAACGACCCUUGACAAGAUAUUUACCUACCACAUCUUUCAACUUCAAUUUGAGGUACCAUAUAGAGUCAGCAGGUCAUCAGAUUAAUUUGUGUCGAUUUGUGAUCAUAGAUGAAAAUACAUGUAAAGGGUAUUUACACAAGUUAGGAGCAACCUUCAAAGGUUGGUCCAAAAGAUGGUUUGUCUUGGAUCGUGUUCAGCAAGCUUUUGUCUACUAUGCUGAUAAAAGUGAGAAAAGAGCCAGAGGUGGUGCUUACUUCCAUGCCAUUGAGGAAGUAUAUUUGGAUCAUUUAAAUACAUCAAAGUCAGAUCGUCCCGAUUGUACGUUUGUUGUGAAAACCAAGAAAAGAAUAUACAAUUUACAGGCGGCCACUAGUGCCGCGACUCGGAUCUGGAUCGACGUCAUCAUGACCGGCGCCUUUGGUAACGAAGAUUUUACUCCGAUACCUUGAACGCUCUGGCAUGUGUAUUUUACACAAUGUGUAGAUUUGAUCGGACAUAUAUAUAUAUAUAUAUA